AUGCCGAAUGCCGCCGGCCAAUCCUUCUGGGCCAAAGAGUUGUCACCGAAAAAGUUUUCCCGGCUUGCUUCAUACAUCACUGGCUGGCUUGCCUGGACUGGUUCAAUCUUCGCUUCUUCCAGUGUCGCAUCGGGCGUUGCGUCAGCCUGUGUUGGAUGCUAUGCCAUGGCACAUCCUGAAUUGUAUGUGUGCCUCUUCAAAUACCCACAAACUACUCAUACUAAUUAUUGUUCAUAUAGCAACUGGAAGUCAUGUCAUACCUUAGUCGCCUACGAAGCAGCCAACAUAUUUUGCUUUUUCUUCAACGCAUACUGGCGAACCCUUUCAGUCAUCGGGCAUGCUUAUCUUUAUGUCAGUCUCGGCUCUUUUAUUGUCAUUCUUAUUGCAGUCCCUGCAAGAGCACAACCCCAUAAAUCGGCGGAGUUUGUUUUCGCGUCCUUUUCAAAUGAAACUGGAUGGAAAAGCGAUGUGCUUGCCUUCUUUGUCGGCCUCAUCAACACAAACUGGGGCUUUGGUUGCUUGGAUACAGCAGUACACCUCGCCGAAGAAAUCUCUCAGCCUGAACGGAUGAUUCCAAUUGCUAUCAUGGGUGUUAUUGUCAUCGGUUUUAUAACCUCAUUCUCAUUUAUCCUUGCUAUGCUCUUCAGUAUUCAGAUUUAUACCGCCUUCUUGGAUGCCUCAGUUCCAAGUCUUGAAUUAUUUCGCCAGGCUCUGGAUAACACCGCAGGUGCGACCGUCUUAGAAUCCUUGACUAUUGCGACCGGUCCAGGCUGCCUUAUCUCAUGUCACACUUGGGCUGCGCGUCUCUGUUGGUCUUUCUCGCGUAAUAAAGGAGUCCCAUUCUCUGAUGUUUGGGGUAAAAUCGUUCCAUCUCUGGAUACUCCACUUGCCGCUCAUAUCCUCAACACAACCAUCAUUGGGUUAGUUGGGUGCAUUUAUUUAGGCUCGGAGACUGCGUUCAACUCCAUGGUUACUGCUUGCAUUGAUCUUCAAUACUUGUCUUAUGUGCUUCCUGUGGUUGGAAUUCUCAUUCGAGGACGCAAUAAUAUCUCACAUGGCCCAUUUUGGCUUGGUACCUGGGGCUUGAUAUGCAACUGGGUGUGUCUGGCUUGGAUUGCCUUUACAACGGUGUUCUAUUCAUUCCCUUCGAUAAUGCCAGUGGAUGGUGGAAAUAUGAACUAUGUUUCUGUCAUUUAUGGAAUCGUCGGCUUCAUUAUUUUGGCUGACUGGGUCCUUCGAGCUCGGAAAACGUAUUUGACUAACAUUUGCCCUGCGUAA